AUCAAAAGCAGCCUAAACCCUUCCCAUGUACUCAAAAACAUUACUCUUUCUCUCCCCAUACUUCCCUCACUCUCUCCCAUGCCGUGCCCUACUUGCUCUUCCUCUCUCUCUCUAGAAAAUCUAGCUCUUCCUUCUUUUCUCUCAUGGCAAAUCCCAUCACUUUCUGAAUCCUAAAUUCAAUAUUUGCGAAUACCCGGUUCCUUUUUUCUGCUUCUGCUUAGUAUUAUUAAAAGCCCAAUGGAUUCUCUUCAUGAUUCAAUAUCGGCGGCCAACGCGGCGGCUGCAACGAACGGAAAUACGGUGCCGCCGUUUCUGAGCAAAACCUACGAUAUGGUGGAUGAUCCAUCCACCAACUCAGUCGUGUCUUGGAGCAGUGGCAACAACAGUUUCGUUGUCUGGAAAGUGCCGGAGUUUGCAAGGGACCUUUUACCGAAGUACUUUAAGCACAAUAAUUUCUCCAGCUUUGUCAGACAGCUCAAUACUUAUGGUUUUAGGAAAGUUGACCCUGACCGCUGGGAAUUUGCUAAUGAGGGAUUUUUAAGAGGUCAGAAACAUCUCUUGAAAACUAUCAGCAGGCGAAAACCUGCUAAUGUCCACAAUAAUCAACAACCUCAAGUUCAGAGCUCAUCAGUUGGAGCUUGCGUUGAGGUAGGGAAGUUUGGGCUCGAAGAGGAGGUUGAAAGGCUUAAGAGGGACAAGAAUGUUCUCAUGCAGGAACUUGUUAGGUUGAGGCAGCAGCAACAAACGACAGAUAACCAGUUGCAAGCUGUUGGCCAGCGUGUACAAGUGAUGGAGCAGAGGCAGCAGCAAAUGAUGUCUUUUCUUGCAAAGGCCAUGCAAAGUCCAGGUUUCUUAAGCCAGCUUGUACAGCAGCAGAAUGAAAGCAACAGGCGCCUUACUGGGGGAAACAAAAAAAGGAGACUCCCUAGGCAGGAUGAAGAAAAUUUAACUGGUGAACAUGGUGCCAUAUCUCCUAAUGGACAGAUUGUAAAGUUCCAGCCUUCGUUGAAUGAGGCGGCAAAGGCAAUGCUGCAUCAGAUAUUGAAGAUGAACACAUCAUCUAGGCUGGAAUCUUCAAUGAAUUGCCCUGGUGCUUUCAUGAUUGAUGGUGUUCCUCCUUCUAAUGCAUUAGACAGUGGGAGCUCCUCAAGUCGGAUCUCUGGAGUGACACUUUCUGAAGUCCCACCAGCUUCUGGGCAGUCUUAUCUACAAGCAGAAUCAGGUUUUCCUGACACUUGUCCAUCUACUGCCUCUCAUUUAACAACUGAGCAUACUAAAGUGGAUCAAAUUUCAGAGAUAAAUGUGCAUGAAUCACAUAAAGAUGCAGCUUUUCCAAACUUUCCUCAAAUGCAAGGAAUUGUGCCUGAUAACACUGUUGGAUUUACAGAUGCAAGUUUGGCAGGGUCCGAGAGAGGGAAUGCUGAAUAUGUUGAUCAAAUGUCAGCUGGUUUGAAUGGUGGAAUGCCUGUUCAGACUGAUGAUUUUUCUACCGAUCAAGAUAUGGAUAUCUUGCUGGAAGGAACCCCUAAGCUUCCAGCCAUUAAUGAUGUUUUCUGGGAACAGUUUCUUACAACAAGCCCACUCACUGAGGACACAGAUGAAAUUACCUCGAGUUCACUGGAAAAUGGGGCAAACACAGAACAGGAAUCACUGCUAGUGCAGGAGAAUGGAUGGGAUAAGAUUCCACAUAUGAAUCAUCUUACUGAGCAAAUGGGCCUUCUUACAUCAGAUAGCAGGAGGGCGUGAUGUCUUACAAAUUGUACAUAUAAGUUUCUUGCUGUUAUAAGAGGUUGAUGAUCCGUGAUGCUGGGCGGAAAAAGCUUUUGUUCAAAGAGAAACUUUUGUUGUUAUUGGAGUUACUUACAUGUUAUAUGUACUAGUAACAUAAAAUGCAUUUGAAAUGGUUAUCCAAAGUAACAUUAAUAGUACAUAUGUAUGAUGCUUCUCUUCUAUAUUAUCUGAGAAAUAAGUCCUGCUUCUCAA